AUGUCGUCCUCCAAAUUCGCCCUCAACCUUAACAUCAAAUCCCUCAUCUCGAAACCACAGCCAGUCCCCGAUCUCUCACCUGAAGUCCCCAAAGUCCGCGUACGAUGCAUGCACCCCGACUGUGACGUCGUGUCAGACUCUCUCGAUGCCACUAUCGGUCACUUUGACAGGAACCACUGCGUCCCCCUGCCACCUUUCGUUCGGUGUCCCUACUUUGGAUGCACCGUGGUCAAGCGCAUACCGGGUUAUUUGAGAUCGCACUUUAAGGAGACGAAACAUCUUUUCGAAACGAGAGUCCGGUGUAAUGCGUGCGGAAGAGUUUUUGAGAGACGAGACCAGCUGAACAAACAUGCGCAGGCGAUGAAAGGGAAAUGUAGAGAUGAUAAGGACUCGUUCUCGGAGGAGGAAGAGUUUUAG